CAGGCUGGCCCCCUGCGGCUGCCUGCGGGGCGGCGGCGGCGGCGGCGGCGGCAGCGGGCGGGCGGCCGGGAUGAUCCGGUUCCGGAGCUCCAGCAUCAGGUCGCUGAGCCCGGAGAUGAAAUGCACCGUGCGGCUGCUGGACGACUCCGAGAUCUCCUGCCACAUCCAGAGGGAAACUAAAGGUCAGUUUCUCAUAGAUCACAUCUGCAACUAUUACAGCUUGCUGGAAAAAGACUAUUUUGGCAUUCGAUAUGUUGACCCUGAGAAGCAGAGGCACUGGCUUGAGCCCAACAAGUCCAUCUUCAAGCAAAUGAAAUCUCAUCCACCAUAUACCAUGUGCUUUAGAGUGAAAUUCUACCCACAUGAACCCUUGAAGAUUAAAGAAGAGCUCACCAGAUACCUCUUAUACCUACAAAUAAAAAGGGACAUAUUCCAUGGCCGUUUGCUGUGUUCUUUUUCUGAUGCUGCCUACCUGGGUGCCUGUAUUGUCCAAGCUGAGCUUGGUGAUUAUGAUCCUGAUGAACACCCAGAGAAUUACAUCAGCGACUUCAAGAUUUUUCCCAAGCAGUCACAAAAGCUUGAGAAGAAAAUAGCUGAAAUACAUAAAAAUGAAUGCAGAGGUCAAAGCCCAGCUGUUGCUGAAUUUAACUUGCUCUUGAAAGCACAUUCUUUGGAAACUUACGGUGUUGAUCCUCAUCCUUGCAAGGACUCAACGGGGAUGACUACGUUUCUAGGAUUUACAGCUGCAGGAUUUGUAGUUUUUCAGGGGAAUAAACGAAUUCAUUUGUUAAAAUGGUGUGAUGUCUAUAAACUGAAGUUUGAAGGGAAGACUUUUUAUGUGUUUGGAGCUCAGAAAGAGAAAAAGGCUGUGCUGACAUUCCAUACCUCAACACCAGCAGCCUGCAAGCAUCUUUGGAAGUGUGGGGUGGAGAACCAGGCUUUUUACAAGUAUGCAAAAUCCAGUCAGAUCAAGACCAUGUCCAGCAGCAAAAUAUUUUUUAAGGGCAGUAGAUUUCGUUAUAGUGGAAAAGUAGCCAAAGAGGUUGUUGAGGCAAGCUCUAAAAUCCAGAGGGAACCUCCUGAAGUUCACAGAGCCAGCAUUACCCAGAGUCGCAGCUCUCCCUCUCUGAACAAGCAACUCAUAAUUAAUAUGGAACCUCUGCAGCCUCUCCUUCCUUCUCCAUGUGAGGAGGAAGAGGUUCCUUUAGAUGAAGGUAUCCAACUGCCAAAGGAAGAUGAUGUUUCAGUCCCUGUGAUUUCCAGCUCCCCAGUUAAAGACACUGGGGAGAAUGUUGAUCUUGCUAUUGAUCAGGAAGAGAAAAUGAAAGAGGAACCUUUAACCAUCUCAGAACUGGUAUACAAUCCCAGUGCCAGCUUGCUGCCCACACCAAUUGAUGAUGAGAUUGACAUGCUUUUUGAUACCUGUCCAAGAGCAGAGAAUGAGAAAGAUGAUACAGAUUCAUUUGAGGAACUGGAUGCAGACGAAAAUGCCUUUAUGAUUGCAGAAGAAGAAGAACUGAAAGAAGCUCGAAGAGCGCUUAGGUGGAGCUAUGAUUUUCUAAUGGGCAACAUAGAGGUGAAUGCCUUUGUGAAGAGUUUCUCCAGACUUCUGCUUGUAGGCCUUGGACUGUUACUGUUUGUGUUCCCUCUUCUCCUUGUUCUCCUGGAGUCAGACCUUCAGAUCUCUUUUCUCCAUGAAAUCCGUCAGACGCCAGAGUUUCAGCAGUUUCAUAUUGAGUAUUACUGCCCGCUUAGGCAGUGGGUAGCUUGCAAAAUAAACUUCAUUCGUGACAUGCUGGGCAGCUUUUAAAUUUUAAAGAAAUAUGACACAACUAAGGGCUAUAUUCAAAAUUUCAGUUAGUGCAGCUUUUCAUUAUGCCCCUGGGGCCAUCAGUCUGUCUUCAUAUUUAGUUCAUUACAGACUCCUCAGGCUCUUAUGUUUCCUUUACACACUUAAAUUGCUCCUUUAGGUUCAGGCUUAUACUGUCACCUUUCAGUAACCAAAAAGAAGCUUUAUUUUAAUUGCAUUUCAGAUUUUCUGCUCAUCUGUUGCAUCAUACAAGAUGGGAUAACAAUAAGGUUCAUCGUCUUUAACCUUAGAAUCCAUGACACUAAUGAAAGGGAAAGAAAACCUUUUUUGAAUAUAUUCCUUAGUGCAGCAAUCUCUUCUAACCAAUGCCUAUACAAGCAAUGUUUAUGCUGGGUUUUUGUUUUUGGUUUGUUUUUCUGUUUGUUUUUUUACAUUUUUAUGUGUUUAAAAUAUUUUGGUAAAUUUUUAGCAAAAGAUAACUUCUGAUGUUAUUUAAUUGUACAGAUUGGUAAGAAUAGUGCAGAAGGGCACAUAAGAUACUUUUAGUGUUUUAGCAAUUAUUUGUUUUUAACCUACUGGCUGGAGAAUGAAUGAAUGUCUCUAUAAGAGAGACAGUGGUUUGGGAAGUACAUAGAAAGUUCACUCAAGUUCAGUAGGGUCUACCUGGGGGAGGUGAAAUGACACCAAGUACUCAGAAGAAUUUCUGAAAGGCAUAGUUGUAAAGCUUAGGGAAGUGAGCAGAACUGAAAGUAAUGAUCCUUCCUCUUAUGUUAGUUUGUCUUACACUUUAUCAGUGCUAUAGAAAGUCUUUAUAAGAUAGUCCAAGUAUGUUUUGGAAGAGAGUGAGUCUUCAGUCUAAAUGUAGAUUAUUGUACAUAACAUGGAAGAAGAUAAUAGUAAGUAGGGAGAGAAAAAAAAAAAGCGAAAACCCUACCUAAAUCAGUAGGCGAGUGAGUGACCUACUUUUAAAAACGUUAGAGAAGAAAAAUGUAUUCCUUUUUAAAGCAAAACUUUAGACUGUACAGUUGACAUGAAAACGUUCUGACUCACAGUUAAAGGAUUAAACACUUUAGCAGAUGCAUCUUCAUCCUUGAUGACCUUUAUUACUAAUCUCCAAGACAACACACUUUCUGUGCGUGCUGAUAUGCUUCCUUUUACAUAUAGCAGCAUACUUACCCUCUUGCCCUAUUAAUAUGAGCCCAGUUACAGGACCUAAUGCUGUUUCAUGUAACAUGGUUUUGUAUAUCUAGUUAUUCCAGUAUUGCAUAGAGAAUAUACUUAAAAAAAAAAAAAAAAGACUUGUCAAUAGCUGAGAGCAUUAGAAGGCCCUCAGAUGCAUCACAGAGCUUCUAUCUAAAAAGAGAGAGUUUUUAUUUUUUAUUUUUUUUUGUCCCCUGAUCUUAGUGCAGAUGUAUCUUGUAUUUAAACUAGGGAACUCUGAUUUCAGCCUCAGAGUUGUUCUCCUGCUUAGAGAAUUAUGAACUGGAGGCAUAUAUGAGGCUGUUUUAUUAGAAGUACAUUUAACGUAUUGUAACCACAUCUCUUAAUUCCUACUGAGUAAACUCCUUUACUUCUGGUAUCAGAGAAUUGGUUUUGCUUGUGUUUUUCUCAUGUAAGCCUUUGCAAAUAUCUAGUUUGACGAUUUCCUUACAGGAUUUCUCCUUCCCUUUCCAAUCUUCUCCAGUUUUUAAAGGAUGAAACAGUUACAGGGCUUAAAAAUUCCUUUUCUCAGUUGAAAACUCUUCAAUUGCUAUUCAUUUCCCAAGCAACAAAGGCUAAAUUGAACAAUUGCCUUUUUCUCUUCACUUUUGUUUUUUCUUGACAUUCUGUUCCACAGAAGAAUCGUUAUUGAUUAGAUACUUGAUGAGGAUUUUAUCUUGUGCUACCUGCUGUUAAAUGAUUCUUUCCAAAUAUCAUUCAGCUUAAUAGAAAUGGAGAGUAAACUAAAGUAGACAUCGGGCCUUAACAGGAAAUUAUUCACUGAUACUGUUUUUAAGCAAAGGCGUCAGAAAAGGUGUGAGUGGUGAAGGCUGUGAGAGCUGGUGUCCUGCUGGACUAUAGAGACAAGAUUCUGUGCAGGCUCCUAUUAAGUCUGGAAGUUAUAUUCAAAAAAAAGUAAAAAAAAAAAAAAAAAAAAAAAAAGUUAGAUCCUGUGCUCUAAAAUAUAAUCUUGUCCCUGUAAAUUAUAACACACCAGAAGUAGGAAUAUUGUUUUGCUUGAUCUAACUCUAUUGGAAAGUGGUUGAGUUGCAUGAUAAAAUAAUCUCAGAGAAUGUGCAGUGUAGUGAGGUCUUAUGUAGGGUUAAAUGCAAGAGUAUGUGUGCACAUAUCCUUGCCUUUACUACCUAUAUGCAUACACUCAGGCCUGGCCUUUUAAAAUUCUUCCCUUUCUUCCUAAUCUUCCUAGUAUUCUCUUGCAUAUCAAAGUAAUUUAACUGAAAGUCAUGAUAGUCCUCUAACAUAAAGGCCAGGACCACCUAAUGCACACAGAAGCAUAUGGUUGGGCAUAUUCAGACAGAGUAACAGUCUAGCAUCUUGUUGGUGAGAAUUACAGAGUUGGAUUAUGGAGCAUCUAUAGGUACAGUAUUGUGUAUUUCUGUCUGUGCUUGGAUUAUAUUGUAAAAUGUACUUGAAAUCUAUUUUGUGGUUUGUCUAACAUUUAUAAACACAACUCUGGGAAGAAUUAAAUAUGGUUUUAUUUCAAUGGAGACUGGGGGGAUAAUAUAUCUGUAACUCGAGCCUUAUCUUUGUACAGUGAAUUUCACAUUUCUAUGUCAACAUCCUGAUUGUUUUGUAUGCUGAUACGAUGGCAGGAAUCCCUAA